AUAUUUUACGUAGCUUUUCAGAAGAUCCCAUUCUUACCAUUCCUAUUUUAUUCUUUUUCCCAUAUUUUCUCCUUCCAUCUCAACCUCAAUCUUCGAAAACCUUUAAAACCCUCUUCUCUCCAAUAACCAUUUUUCUUGCUCUAUAUUGUCCACUUCCGUAUCCAGUUGCUGCUCCAUCUUGCACUAAAAGCAAUAUGGUUGGAUGUGCGGUAAGAUUGAAGAAGAGAAAGCCAGAGUGGCUGAAUACUUUGUUGGACAGCAAAUUUUUUGGUUCAUGUGCUGCUCACCAUGAUCUUAGGAAGAAUGAAAAGAACAUUUUUUGUAUUGAUUGUAAUCUUGGCUUGUGCAAGCACUGUAUGUCUUCUUCUUCUCCUCAUUGCCUUCACCAAUGGUUUCAAAUCUGCAAAUAUGUCUAUCAUGAUGUUGUUCGCCUGCAAGACAUUCAGAAGCAUCUUGAUUGCUCCAAAAUUCAAACUUACAAAAUUAAUGGAGAAAAAGCAAUACAUUUGAAUCCAAGGCCUCAAACUAAAGACAUCAAAAUUCAGAAAUCAAAGGGUGGCGCCACAUGUGAUGCUUGUGGAAGGCAUAUACAAGACUUGCCUAACAACUUUUGUUCCAUUGCAUGCAAAGUGUCUAUGGUUAAGGAAAUGUCUAAAGAAAAGAACUGUAGAAAGACUCCAAUUUCCGGAUUUGAUAAUACGUGUUUGAAGGAGAAUGAAGAUGAGGAUCAAUCCAUUUCUUUAUCAGAGUCUUCUGAGUGUUUUUUCCCCCCGUUUGGUGCAAGGAAAAGGUAUAAAAGGAGAGAAGAUUCUCUCAUGUCGAGGGAAGGACGUGCUUUCGGUGCAUUUGAAGCGAGUUACCAUGGAUCUUAUGAAUAACACGUAUCAACAACAAGAGCCCGGUGAAGUGAGACUUGAAUUCGAAACUUUUGUAGGUAAAAUGAAUGAAUGAGGUUACCGUUCUUUUUCUUUUUCCUCGCAACGAUAACAUUUAUUCUACUCCUACACUAUCGAAGAGAUACUCUUACCCUGACAUAUACUAUGGGAGAGGAGGAAUCUAAAGAAACUUGUAUAGAGAAUGGAGGGUGAAUCACCAGACAAGUGCAUUAUUGUAUUCUCUGAAUUAUUUUAGUAAGGAAGCACUAUACUUCCUUGUGAUGUACUAGGCAGAGUUUGUAUCUCGACUUAAUGCACUGGAGAGUUUUAUGGAGGC